UACAGUCAGCGAGACUUCUUCCGGUCGGAGUCCACACACGCAGACAUGCCACUUGCAAAGGAUCUGUUGCAUCCCAGCUCUGAGGAGGAAAAGAGGAGACACAAGAAAAAACGCCUUGUGCAGAGUCCCAAUUCAUAUUUUAUGGAUGUCAAAUGUCCAGGUUGCUACAAGAUCACCACAGUGUUCAGCCACGCUCAGACUGUAGUGCUGUGUGUCGGCUGCUCCACGGUCCUCUGCCAGCCUACAGGAGGCAAAGCUCGUCUGACAGAAGGAUGCUCAUUCAGGAGGAAACAGCACUAGUUUGACCAGAUUGAUUGUGAGUGACAGCUGAGUGAAAUGAACCACAACUUGAUGGUCUUCAAGUGACACUGCCAUGAAGCGGAAGCAGCAAAAAGGGAAUGGAGAGCGGGAAAACAAAUCAUGUAAUAUAAGAAGCCUAUUUAAUAAUAUGCACAGUGAAAUACGUGGCCUUGUUGAGUCCCCACACAUCCAUUAAUUCUUCUCUCUUAAUAAACUUAGGCUGUUUUUUGUUAAAAUUAAUCUUGCAUGUUUGUCAUCAAGUUUGUUCUUUGCAUUUCAUGAAAGUCAUUAGAUGUAAUUGUUGUGUUGUAAAAGACACAACUUAGAACAAGUGUUGCACAGUCUACCGGUACCCACGGUAUACCGCUGUGCUUACUAUACCAUAACUAUGGGUGCCAGUGGGACCCAUAGUUUCUGUAAAAACAAAUCUGGCUUGUGAGCACAGUUGUCCGCCACAUCUCAUCUCUGCAGCUGCAGUCACUCACAAAACACAGACAGUCAUGGCAGAAGCAGCAGACCUGAGUGUCAUGGUAGCAAAGCUUCAGUAACAGAACUAGUUGUUUGAAUAAAAACAAAUACUCCCGUGGUCAAACUCAAAAGUGCUUUUGUCAAAGUGAACGCGUUAACGCGUGCAGCUUGCCAGCAGCAGAGAGCAAUGGCUGGGGAGAGGGGAAAUUUGGACUUGCAACGUUCUUGCAACUUUGAUAAAUAAGCGAACAGCACUCUGUGCAGCAGCAGAAGUGCUUCGCAGAGCGUCCCGGCUGACAAGCUGUGAGUUGACGAGUCACACUGGAAGGCAGAGGAGAGAUGUAGAGACGUUAAUACUGUACACGUCUGUUUAAACAUGAUUUUAGCGGACUUUGUUGCAUUUAAAGCGAUGGUUCGGUGUAAUUAAUCCAAGUUUAUGUUGUCUAUAGUUGGACUGUGCUGAUUAUUCUGGUCCACAAGUAUUUUUUUUAUGUACACUGCAAUUAUUUUUUACUUAACCAGUAGAGUUACAAUGUAAUGCAUUAAAUGUAUGUUUAUCAUGCACCAACCAAUAUUAAGUAAUUCUAAGUUGUGCAAAUAUAUUGCACGUUCAUAAAAAAAAUAAUAAUAAUAAUAAAAAAGGCUGUGGUAUGGUGAUACUACCCGGAACCGUGAUACUUUGGCUCGUAUAGUAUCGUGGGUAUUCAUUUUGGUAUCGUGACAACACUACUUUGGAACACUUCAGGUGGAACGAUGUGUAAAAUGUGAGUAAAUCAGGGCAUUUGAGGACUCAUAUCCACAUAUAUGGUCUCAAUAUGUUUUGAGGCAAGAGAUUUGCAUUUGUUUGCAGUGCUGUUUAUAUUUAAUUGAGAUAUUUUCUAACAUGCUCAGCACUAUAUAGAUUUAUGCAAACUUCUUUUCAUAAAAAUAGACCAGUUGCAGGAAAGGAGACACACUGUGGCUGAAAUUGCAAAUUACAUCUAAGAAACAGUCUUUUUACUACACAAUUUUACUACGUUAAAGCUACACUCUGCAUAAUUGAAUAUUGAUUGAUGUGUGUUUAGAGCUUGCAAUAAAUACAGACACUAAAUGGUUAAAUACAUCUGUCAAUUUAAUGCCAUAGUGAGUCAACAUUUUAUGUCAGGUAGAUGAUGUCAUCAGUGCCUGCUCCACAGGCGGUUGUGUCGGCACAUGGCCCCACUCUCCGAUUCUGGGAAAGCCGUCGCUGGUUCUGCUUCCAUUUUCUGAUGCUUGUAAAGCACAAAUACAGUGAUGUGACAACUUUAAAUGUCAUCCUAAAGAACACUGAAGCUGUGAAUUUACAUGUGAUUGCAAGCUUCCUGUAAAAAUUAGAUACAUUUUCGUGACUGUUGCUUGGAUGAAGUGGGAACUGUUAAAGCUGUGUUUUUCAAUCCUGGUUCUGGCCUUCCUUACCCUUCAUGUCUUGUUUCCCUGCACUCCUGAUUCAAAUGAAGGGAUCGUUAUAAGGCUCAGAAGAGCUUGAUGACAAGCUAAUUAUUUGAAUGAGGUGUGCUGGAAGGACAGGGGAGCCCCAGGCCCAGGAUUAAAACAACACUCUUAGAGGAAUCAAUGACAUAAUUGAAGCUGUGUGACCUACAGAACAGUCUUGUGGGCAUGUAGGCCAUUUGCACAGUCUCCAUGACAGCAUUGAGUUGUACAUUUAAUAAAGAAUUUAAUCAGGAGAGGCAGUGACUCAAUGAUACUUUUUACUUGUUGCCAUGGUGAUAUUUUUGUGUCUUGCUUGUAUAUUAAAAAAGGCUUACAAAUAAAAUCUUGGUGAAUGGGAAUGCG